UUGAGCAUUUACAGUGUUUACAUGCCAAGGAUGGGUGUAACAUACAAAACUUGUAGCAAACAUAACACUUCAUAGUCGUCUUUCAUCUUGACAAGCAACUUGGGCAUGUUGACGUUUGUGUAAUUGGCAUACAAAUGACGUUCCUCCCUCCAGUUUUGGUAUGACCUGAUCUGCAUGCAAAGCAUAGAAGCUAAACAGGUACCACACCUCUCUCCUCUCUCUUGUCUCAUAUGUCUGAUAAGAAGAACGCUGGACUUUGGCCUACUUUCGGCACAAUUUCACGAGAUAUAUGAAAGAACAUUUUAUUUAUGCCUGCUCGGAUAUGAACCAGAAGGAAAAACUUGACUCUUCAUGUAUCUCCUUUGUUGUUAAAUAAUCCCCUGGAUUGAUUUUUGGGAUUUGAUUAUUGGCAUGAGAGCAACUGAAGAAACAUGGACACAUUCACGCUUGCGGCUGUCCUGCUUUUCUUCACAGGAAGUGUAAGUGCUCAAGUGCUGGUACCUCUUAACGCAACAGUGCUUCUUAACACUAAUGCCAGGUUUAACUGCAGUGUUUCAACAUCCGGCUGGGUUGCCAUGACUUGGACAGUGAACGGACGCUUAGCCCUCAUUGUUUCAGAGCAAUCAGGCCCGCUCAUUAGUGACGCCAAUUACACUGCCACAAACUACUCCACAGUAGGACAAUACAAAUGGGAGUUUUUGAUGAAGAACGUCACAACAGCCAGUGCUGGAAUAGUGGGAUGUCAGAUCCAGAACAACCUGCCUGUCAAUGCUGUACUGACCGUCCAGCAGAGUGGCACAGUGGUGAUUACAGGGUCAAACCGCACAGCUACCCAAGGAGAUCAGGUCACGUUCCAGUGUAUCGCAAGCAGCUGGUCACCUGCGCCACAGAUCUCCUGGGCGGUCAAUGGCACACCGGUUGAUAAAGGGCAGUAUAACACAAGCUCAGUGGCAAACGGGGCUCUCAUGAACUCCAACAGCAACCUCACAAUCACCGCCACAACAAAUGUUUCUGUGGACUGUCUGGCCUCCAUUUCUACUCUCCCAUCUCCUGCAAUCAGCACUGUUUUCCUCACUGUCCAGAAGGCCGUGCCACCGACGCCCAGAGACCAGACCGUGUUGAUAGCAAUCACCGUGGCCUUCAGCCUGGCUGCUCUUUUAGCACUCCUCAUCAUUCUCAUCGUCUUCUGCUGUAAGAGACAGAGGAGAAAGAGAUCAAGGUAUCAGGAUGAAGUGAGAGCACGUUCUCUGACUCACAGACAGCAAGCCGCUUACGCCAGGAGAGGACGGGUACAAGAGAACUUCGGAUAUGUUGAAGAAACUCCCAGUGUCGAUAACCGUGAUGGAGUGUACACUAUCGGUGGCUUUCAGCGAGACAAUAUUCAGGUUCCUGAAGUGAACUCAACCCGAUACGGCGACGAUCUUUCUUUCGGCGACGGUUAUUCCUUCAAUGGGCUCCAAAAACACAGACACUUGACUAUCGUGUAAAUAGACACAAGAGCGCAGAUGCACUGAAGUCUUAACUUAUUGUGAUAAAGAUAUUUGUGUGUUCAUUGGUGUACUGAAUGCAAAAAAAACUGACUGUAUUUGAAA